AUGGAUGUAGAAGUAAAGCUAGAUGAGAGGGAUAGGCCUAUAUCCCCAGCUGUCGUAAGUUCGGAUCGUUUUGAUACACAGGCAGGUUAUGUGUAUGAUAUAAAUCCUCAUGAAGCGACGCCACAGCAGAUGUGUGGUAUUUUGUCAAAAGAUACUGGAGCAAGAGAUUGGGAGGUUAAGGCAGAAUCAAUAGGCCUAACUACUGUUGGUACUCAGGACAGGGAGAUUACAGAUAGUGUACUUGUUCCGAGUAUCAACACCGUGUUUCAGGACAAGGCUGCAAAGAUAGACAUUCUGAAUACAAAUGUUGAAGGUAAAAAUGUUCAUGUCCAUACAGAGCAACAUAAUCCUAGCACCUCUGUCAAAGAUGAGUCAUGUUUUGAAAUACCACCCAGUGAUAUUCAAAUUGGAAAAGUAUUUACAUUGUCUCAAUCACCAUUGUUAGCUGCAGAAAGUGGUUAUUCUAGAGGUCAAAUUGACCUAACUGCAACGGUAUGAAUUUGCAAUUCGAACAAUGAUGAAAGUAAAGGGCUUGACAAAGCCCAAACUAUGAAAACCUGAAUUGUUAACUCAAGUCUUUGACAGUAUACUUCCUAUGACAGUAUCAAAAACAUGCAGCUCCUGUGUAAAGCACUCAAAUAACAGGCCAAGUGUCUCCUCAUAUCAAAGAGACCAUGUUUAAUGAAACAGAUGUACCACAGAGUGCUGUUGAAACAGCAACACUUGGCCUGCAGAAUGGACCUACUGACAUCUGCAUAAAGGAAAAAUCGCAUCUGGAAUUUACAUCUGCUCAGCAUGUUAAUAUGAAGACCAUCUCUACUGACACAGAUGUAUCACUGUCUGAUGAGGAAGCAGUGCACAGACAUAGAAGGGACCAAUCUUUUAUGAAAUCUACAACAGAAGAUAAAAUGAAGGACCUCUACCCCCUCUGUAAGAAAAUAGGUUUAGACCUUGAAGUGAAAAAAAAAAUGAAGCAAUUUUAUCUUGAUUUCCAAAAUGAUGGAGAUCUUCUUGAAAAUAUCAUCGACAAUUUACGCAGGAGGUGUGAAUCAUAGAAUAGGGUUUAUUUGGCCAAUACAGCAGUCCACAGCAAUGCGUGCAGUGCGACUUAAAUGGGUACUGGGAAAACAAAACACACAGGUGAAUAUCCCGGCGAUAAAAGUAACCCAAUGCUCAACACGAGCUAGCGACACCUCUACAUGGAACAAUAACACACAAAGACAUGGGGGAACAGAGGGAAUAAUUAUACAGAGACUGAUGAGGGGAUAUGUACCAGGUGUGUGUGAAAAACAAGACAAAACAAAUGGAAUGAUGAAAAGAGGAGCGGCAUUGGCUACAAGGCCGGUGACGACGAACGCUGAAGCCUGCCCGAACAAGGAGAUGAGGCAGCUUCGGAGGGAUGAGGCAGCUUCGGAGAGAUGAGGCAGCCCCUUAACACGCAGCUCUAGCAGCGCGUCGACACCGGCCCUGGGGACGGCCAGGAGGACGCGGAGCGGGGCGAUUCGGAUGGCGACGGUGGAAAUCCCGCAACAGGGAGGGAUCGAGGACAUCCUUCACCGGGACCCAGCACCGCUCCUCCGGACCGUACCCCUCCCACUCCACGAGGUUCUGAAGGCCCUCUGCCCGACGCCUCGAAUCCAGGAUGGAACGGAGGGAGUACGCCGGGGCGCCCUCGAUGUCCAGAGGGGGCGGAGGGACCUCCCGCACCUCAGACUCCUGGAGCGGAACAGCCACCACCGGCCUGAGGAGACACACGUGAAACGAUGAGUUAAUACGGUAAUCAGGAGGGAGCAGCAACCUAUACGUAACCUCGUUCACUCUCCUCAGGACUUUGAACGGCCCCACAAACCGCGGGCCCAGCUUCCGGCAGUGCAGGUGGAGGGGCAGGUUCCGGGUCGAGAGCCAGACCCGAUCACCCGGAAAAAAGACUGGGGCCUCACUGUGGUGGUGGUCAGCGUUAGACUUCUGGCGCUGCACGGCGCGCUGGAGGUAGACGUGGGCGGUGUUCCACGUCUCCUCAGCGCGCCGAAACCAGUCGUCCACCGCAGGAGCUUCGGUGUGGCUCUGAUGCCAUGGUGCCAGGACCGGAUGAUACCCUAAAACACAUUGAAAUGGUGACAUGUUAGUGGAGGAGUGGCGGAGAGAGUUCUGGGCAUAUUCGGCCCAUGGCAAGAACAUGAGGAGACCACUCCCCCGGCCGGUCCUGGCAGUAGGACCGCAGAAACCUACCCACAUCCUGAUUCACCCGUUCCACCUGCCCAUUAGAUUCGGGGUGAAACCCAGAGGUCAGGCUAACCGAGACCCCCAGACGUUCCAUGAACGCCUUCCAGACCCUAGACGUAAACUGGGGACCCCGGUCAUGUCCUCUGGCACCCCGUAGUGCCGGAAGACGUGAGUAAAAAGGGCUUCUGCAGUUUGCAGGGCCGUGGGGAUACCGGGCAGAGGAAAGGGGGUGGCAGGCUUUUGAAAAGCGGUCCACAACGACCAGGAUGGUGGUGUUACCCUGAGAGAGGGGAAGAUCAGUUAGAAAAUAAUCAAUAAGUGGGACCAUGGCCGUUGUGGAACUGGUAAGGGAUGUAACUUACCCGCUGGAAGGUGCCUAGGUGCCUUACUCUGGGGGCACACCGAGCAGGAGGAGACAUACACCCUCACUACCUUAGCCAAGGUAGGCCACCAGUACUUCCCGGUAAGGCAGCGCACUGUACGGCCGAUGCCUGGGUGACCAGAGGAGGGGGACGUGUGUGCCCAAUAGAUAAGACGAUCACAGACACUAGACGGCACGUACCAAAGCCCAGCUGGGCACUGAGGUGGAGAUGGCUCUGUGCGUAACGCCCGCUCUAUGUCCGCGUCCACCGCCCACACCACGGGCGCCACAAUGCAGGAGGCCGGGAGUUUGGGGGUGUUAUCAAUGGGCCUCUCCUCUGUGUCGUACAGCCGUGACAGUGCGUCUGCCUUCACGUUCUUAGUGCCUGGUAUAUAGGACAGCGUGAAGAACCGGGUGAAGAACAAGGCCCACCUGGCCUGGCGAGGGUUCAGCUUCCUCGCUGCCCGGAUGUACUCCAAGUUAUGGUGGUCAGUCCAGACGAGGAAAGGGUGUUUAGCCCCCUCGAGCCAGUGCCUCCAUGCUGUCAGGGCUCUGACAACAGCCAAUAGCUCCCGAUCACCAACGUCAUAGUUCUGCUCCGCCGGGCUGAGCUUCUUAGAGAAGAAGGCACUGGGGCAGAGCUUGGGUGGUGUGCCCGAGCGUUGGGAUAGGACAGCGCCUACCCCUACCUCGGACGUGUCCACCUCCACUACGAACGGCAAUGAGGGAUCGGGAUGGACCAGUACCGGGGCUGAGGUGAACAGAGCCCUCAGGGUACUGAAAGCCCUGUCAGCCUCAGCAGACCAGCGGAGCCGGGACGGCCCACCCUUCAACAGAGAGGUGAUGGGGACUGCGACGUUGCCAAAGCCCCGGAUAAACUUCCGAUAGUAAUUGGCAAAGCCAAUGCAGCACUGCACCUCCUUAACCGUGGUUGGAGUCAGCCAAUUACGCAAGGCUGAAAUGCAGUCUCACUCCAUCUUCACACCUGAGGUGGUGAUUUGGUAUCCGAGGAAGGAGAUGGAUUGUUGGAAGAACAGACAUUUUUCUGCCUUGGCAUACAGGUCAUGCUCCAACAGUCGCCCAAGCACUCUGCGAACCAGGGACACAUGCUCGGCGCGCAGGAUGUCAUCGAUGUAGACCACCACACCGCGACCAAGCACGUCCCGAAACACCUCGUUCACAAAGGACUGGAAGACUGAUGGAGCAUUCAUCAACCCGUACGGCAUCACAAGGUAUUCAUAAUGCCCGUGGUGGUGCUAAAUGCUGUCUUCCAUUCGUCCCCUUCCCGGACACGCACCAGGUUGUACACACUCCUGAGAUCUAAUUUAGUGAAGAAGCGCGCCCCAUGCAUUGAUUCGAUCACAGAGGAAAUUAGGGGUAGAGGAUAACUAUAGCGAAUUGUAAUUUAAUAUGUGCACGUUAAUCCAUGCAAGGGCGCAGACACCCGUCUUUCUUCUUCACGAAAAAUAAACUUGAGAAGGCGGGUGAAGUGGAGGGAUGUAUGAACACCUGACGCAGGGACUCGGAGACGUAUGUUUCCAUAGCCUCCGUUUCAGCCUGAAACAGAGGAUAUACAUGACUCCUGGGCAGCACAGCGUCUAACCGGAGGUUUAUCGCGCAACCCCCCGCACGAUGGGGUGGUAAUUUGGUUGCCUGCGUUUUGGGAAAGGCGUGCGCCAAAUCGAGGUAUUCGGGGGGAAUGCACAUGGUGGAGGCAUUGUCUGGACUUUCCACCGUGGUCGCACCAACGGAAACAGCUAGAGACCUACCAUGACACUCUCGCAACCACCCCGUGAGAGCCCUCUGCGGCCAUGAAAAGGUGGGGUUGUGUAGUGCUAGCCAGGGAAGGCCCAACACAACAGGGAAAUCAAGGGACUCAAUAAUAAUAAAUGAUUUGCUCAUUAUGGGUCUCCUGCGUAAUCAUAGUGACUGGUGCUGUAACCUCCCUAACAAAACCUGAUCCUAAUGGUUGAUUGUCAAGUGCUUUGACGGGCAAUGGAAUAGACAGGGGAACCAAUGUAAUACGUAGACUAAGAGCUAAAGACCUGUCCAUAAAGUUCCCAGCUGUGCCUGAAUCUACCAGCGUCUUACACUGGGGAACUACCGGGUAAUCAGGGAAGUUGAUGUGGAUGGUUAAAUGUGCAGCAGAGGGCUCUGAGCGAGUGUGGGUUUGUGCUACCUGGGGUAACGCGAGAGUGCCCUUCCUGCCUGCCGCCUCCAGAACCAGAAGAACUCUGACGACAUCGUGCAGCAGAAUGUCCUCUUCUGCCACAAGAGUGACACUGGAUCUGUCGUCCUCCAUUCUCCCGGAACGCUGCACCACCCAGCUCCAUCGGAACGUGAGCCGGGGUGAGGGGGGGGUGAAACAGCAGGUUAUCCAACCGGAUGGCCAUGUCCACAAGUUGGUUGAAGGUCAGAGUGGUAUCCUGGUUCGAAUCCAGGCUCUGUCGCAGCCGGCCGCGACUGGGAGACUCAUGGGCGGCGCACAAUUGGCCCAGCGUCGUCCAGGGUAGGGGAGGGAAUGGCCGGCAGGGAUGUAGCUCAGUUGAUAGAGCAUGGCGUUUGCAACGCCAGGGUUGUGGGUUCGAUUCCCACGGGGGGCCAGUAUAAAAAAAUAUGUAUUCACUAACUGUAAGUCGCUCUGGAUAAGAGCGUCUGCUAAAAUGACUAAAAUGUAAUGUAAAUGUAUCCCGGCAGGCUGCAUCGGAAAUGGUCGAUGGGGGACCACUCGUUCCACCCGGACCAAGCCGCUAGGGUUCUAAACUCCAGGGCAAAGUCUUGCGCGGUCCCUUGAUGUGAAAAUAAAUAAAAUAAAAUAAAAACUGGACUUGCAUUUAUUGACUAGAGGUGUAAUUAAUUGAAUGGCACAUUUUGCUGCUGAAGUGUGUGGAACCUACAGGCAGAUUGUCCUUGCUGUUCUCGAGUACAAUUUUGAUCUGGAUUUCCAAAAUGAUAUAGAUCUCCUUGAAAAUAUAAUUAAUAACAUACGAAUAGUCGAAAAGAAAAGGAAAAGCUGGUUGAAGGAGGGGAAUCGAAGGAGGGGAGGGGAUUGA